GGUCCCCGGCGGCGUGGUGGCCAACCGCCAACAGGUGAUGGAGCGCGCGCGGAGCCCCUACCUGCUGCGCGAGGACCUCAUCAUCGACAAGACCGGCGAGCUCAUCAUCGAGCCCGGCGUGGAGGUCCGCUUCGCCCCCAUGACGGGCAUCACCGUGCACGGCGUCCUCACGGCUAGGGGCACCCCCGACGAGCGCAUCCUCCUGACGAGCCAGCAGCAGCCCGGCGCGGGCGCGGAGAACCCCGAGGUGCCGCCCCUGCGGCUCGUCGACGGCCCCUCCAUCCUGGCCGGACGCAUGCAGAUCUUCCACCGCGGCCAGUGGCGCUCCGUCUGCACCAACUCGCGCAAUUGGACUCGGGCUGACUUGGAAACUGCUUGCCGCCACCUGGGUUUCCAUGGAGGAUCAUGGUGGAGUUGGGUAGACAGACAGCCUGGAGUGAAGCCACGACUUCUGUGGGAGGAACCCAGAUGUCGUGGAACAGAGACGGAACUGAUGCAGUGCGACUGGAACUCUCGACAGUUGGGCUCUGGUGUUUGUGAUUAUCAUCCUGACUUGGGAAUCCAGUGCAGUCCAUUUCAUGUGUCAUCUCAAAAUGUGGUGCAUCAUUGGAGAGGGCUUCGGUUCGACAGAGCAUCACAUGAGAGAAUGUUGACACAAAGGAACACAUUGUACAUAAAAACAUCGCUCUCAGAGCUGGCUAAUGUUGAAAUAAGAUACGCUGGUGUGGGACGGGAUUACAAUGCCACCUCAGCAAUUGAUGUCAUUGGAGUUCCUCCUAAAAUGAUAGCUGUUGCAGUAACACACUCUGCUUACAAUGGCGUUAAUAUCACUAUGCCCUCUGCUCCAAUAGUGAUGAAGAAUUGUACUCUGCGCAACAACAGAGGAUAUGGUGUUUUCAUGAACAGCAGCUCAGGUCUUGCUCACAUUGAAAACUCCCUCAUUAUGGAGAAUGGUGGUGAUGGAAUAAGGUACAUCCAUCAUGACCUCCCAGAAAAUGCUCGUUUUGACCGAUCGGAAAUAUUUGACUUUUGUACUUUCCCAACGACUGCGAGUCAAACAUUCCCCAUCACCAUAUCUGUGGAACAGGGGCAUUAUUCACCAGCGGAAAAGGAUUGCUCUAAGUAUUUCUUCACCCGCCCUGGUCAUGUCCUGACACUUCACUUUUUACAAGUAAGAACCGACAGGAAUGAAAGUGCCAAAAUAGAAGUUUACGACGGAGCAAAUGCAAAUGAUGAGCUACUUGCAACAAUCGUAAUACGGAAUGGAACCAAGCCUCAGAGUAUUACAACAACAAGACACAAUGUUUAUGUUCGGUUUAGAGCUCAGCCAAAGACCCAACUUGUUGGCUUUCUUCAAAUAACUUCAGGCUACAGAAAAUCAUAUGAUCUCAAUGUUACUGGCACAACUAUAGCCGAUAAUAAUGGACGUGGUAUCGCUGCUGAGAACCUGCGCUCACAGAUUCAUGUUCACCAAUCAUCUGUUUCAAACAAUAACCAUGUGGCAGGUGUUCAUGUGCUUGGUGGUGCAGCAGAUGUUAACAUCACAGAUUCACGCAUUGCUUUCAACAUGGGUGAUGGUGUCAACAUCAGUUACACUGGAGGUAGUCGGAAUAUUAGCUAUUCAUGGCUAUCCUCAAACAAAGGAUAUGGUAUGGCAGUUUGGUUGAAUGAUUCAAAAUACAUGGACCAUGUUGCCUUCCACCAAGAAACAGUCAUUGCAUACUCGGAAAUAUACAAGAAUUUGGAUACUGGAAUUUUAGUUGGAAACUUCUGUGGACCAUCUUUUGUGAACAUUACUGGUAACGGAUUCAAUAACAGUCUCAACACUGCCUUGGAAAUUUUAUCCUGCUGGAAAGCAAAUGUCUCUAUUCCCACCAAGCUUCAAAUUGGACAUAAUACAUUUGUACAAAACAAAAGAUUGGGUAUAAAAAUGAAACCAGUGCUGAACAUGAAGGGAAAAAUUGAAUAUAACCACUUUACUGAGCAUGCUUAUGGAGGAUUGCUCAUACGGAAUCCGAGAAUCGAGGGGGAGGAGCACCAAGAGCUGUUGCCUGUCAGCCUCACAGUUCAGUACAAUGACUUCUCCAACAACAAAGGUGUCUUUGCAGUGAGCCUGGGUCUCAACCAGUAUGCCGAAAAGGGUACUCAGUAUCUGCUGUUCACACGGAACUUUGUAAGAUACAACAGAAUACAUGAGCCAUAUGAAACAGGGAUUGGGGAAUCCUUAAGAUUGAUUCCUCGAAGCAGAGUUGCAGCGCCGGUUGUUGUGUCAUCCUCCAAUGUAGAUAUUUUCAGGAAUAUCAUUGAAAAUCAUGAGUCUCAAUACGAGGUUGGUUCUCACUUAGAGGACCAGAGCCAAGUUAUAAACUGCACCUAUAACUGGCUGGGUAAUGCAGGAGAGGACAAAAUAUUCAUGAGACUUUUCCACAGGAAGGAUCGUUACAAUUUGGCUAAAAUUGAGUACCUGCCAUUUUUACUUCAUAGUAGUAAUCCUGGAGCAACAAUUAUUUCUGUGAAUCCAACUUUUGUUCCCCAAUUUCAUGCCCAGGGCUCUAGUAAAGUUGGUGGGGAAGUGGAUGGCCAAGAGACUUUGAGAGCUGGCGAAUACUUGGUUGAGCGAGACAUUAAUGUGAGACCUGGUGGCAAGUUAGUUCUUCAGCCAGGAGUUACGCUUCGGUUCCCACCUUCGGUCGGUAUGAUGGUGGCUGGCAAGCUGGAGGCCAGAGGAAAGGGGCCAAAUGACAUUCGCUUGACUCUGCGAGAGGAACGCAUUGACAUGCCAGAAAAUGACACAGAUCCCACCCUUCUUAUUCCCGAAGAGAAUAGAGCACCAGUUCGUCUUUUAGGGGGACGCACCAACCGUGAGGGCCGUUUGCAGGUACGAAUUGAUGGAGCUUGGGGCACUGUUUGUAAUUAUGGAUGGACAAGACUUGACGCUGCCUUGGUGUGCCACCAACUUGGCUUGGUUUUGAAUCCUGACGACUGGUUUUUGGAGAGGAGUGAAAUACCUCAAGCAGGCACCACAGAAAACAUUCUACUCAGCAAUGUGAGAUGUGAUGAUGAUGACACAGACAUAACUCAGUGUCGUGCUGAGAGACCAGAUGAAUUUGAAUUCUCAUGCAGUCAUGAAAAUGAUGUUGGUAUACGCUGCUAUGACACUUCAUGGGCAGGUAUACGCUUGGGGGUGGUUGCAGAAAGAGCUGAUCUACAAUUUAUCACAGUAGAAAAGGCUGGUCUUCUGGACUAUACCACAAAUGCAUUCAAACCUGCUCUCCAGAUUGACUUUGCUCGGCAUGCCUUGGAAAGUGUGCGCAUUGUGGACAACUUACAAGAUGGACUUGGCAUCAUCUACUCUGAUCUUUACACAUCAGGUGGUGUGAAUACUGUAAGGAACUGCGAGUUCAGCAACAACAGAGGAAGUGGAGUCAGUCUGAAGCAGCUAGGCCUCAAAAUAUAUGGAUCUACAAUGGAAAACAACAAGCAAGCCGGUAUUCGGCACAACCCAGCUUUGUCAGGUGUGCAACAGCGUGAACUUGCUGGCUGGUUCAAACCUCCAACGGAUUUGAACACGCAAUAUGCUCCAUAUAGCCCACUGUAUGUCCCUCAUACAUUUUCAAACAUUGAGUUGGACGACUGGGAGACUCGCCACCUCAUUACUCAAAGAGUCACUACUGACCCAAUCAAGAGAUCAUUUUUCAUCAAGUGUAAGCCAGGCUUUGUUAUUGGCGUUCAGCUCUUGAAUCCAAUUCACAAUCGCAGCACUGAGGAGAUUAUUGUGCGAGAUGCUCACAGCCAAAGUGGCAUUGCCCUUGCCGCUGCCUGGAAUGUGAAGCGAGAUUUGACAAUCUUCCCUGCAGCUAGCAGCUCUUAUGGAAUAAUCAUUGAAUAUAACAGUGGAGUCGAUGCUCUGGGAGGCUGUGUCCUAGUUUUAUCCUCAGUGCAGGUUCCAUUGCCUGAUCCUCGUCUGCGUUUGGUGCGAGGCCCAGUUCCCACCCUCACAGUCACCAACUCACGUAUUCGAGGCAAUCGCCGUGGCCUGUGGGCUUCUUACUACAACAGAUACCUCACUGAGCACGAAGACAACUUCCUUCGUAAAGCCAAUGAAAGUAUUCAACUGCUUGGGUGUGACAUUUCACACAAUCAAGAGGAUGCUCUGCAUAUUCAUUCUCCAUUCUGGGACAUCCAUAAAUCCAACCUUUCUGAAAUUACCAUUGUAAUCAACAGCUCUCUCAUUGUGGAUAAUGGUAGAGGCAUUUAUCAGUUUAGCAGGGAUAUGAGGAGCUCCAACAAUUUGUUCCAUUGGAUUUUGUUUGACAAUUCAAUUGAACGCAAUAAUGGUGGAGGCUUUGAUGUUUCCUUGCCUUAUGUUUGGCAGUACAAUGAAAAUUACACUCACACUUUCUUCCUCUCAAACAACACUUGGAGAGAUAAUAGAAACUUUGCCUUUGUCAUUGAUGGCCAUUUUGCUGCAUUGAAUCUCACCAAAAAUAUAUUUGACUCCAAUCAGUGUAAAACAGGCCUUAUCUCAGUUAGAGGAAUGGAGAAAAGAAUGAAUAUUUACAGAAAUCGCAUUGAGCGUAAUACUGGAGCCUACAUGGUUGAGUUCAGGGCCGACAGUCAGUCUGAAAUCAUGGGCAACGUUGAUGCUUACAUGAUUGAAAACGAACUGCGGCACAAUCGGGACAAUGCUCCCCUUCAGAGAGGAUACUUCCAGGUAUAUCGAUCUCCAAGCUGUGUUGUUGGAUUCCAUGGAAUUCAGAAGGUCAGAGUACGCCGCAAUCUCUUUUCCAACAAUGAAUUAGACUACGUGUUGGUUGCUGGGGUUCGCACAGCCCAGCUGGCUAGCACUGUUGAUGUAUCUGAAAAUUGGUGGGGUACUCCUGAUGCUCAUCUCAUCCGACAACGUAUCUUUGAUUUUGAUGACUGGAAUAACCAUGCUCAGGCAGAGUUCAGGCCAUACCUUCUACAAGACAAUUUUGAUGCCUCACUCUCGGUAUCAUUUGAACAACCAGUAAUUGUUGAUACAAACAAUUUGGGUGGCAGAUACAAGGAUUCCCUGCGGCUUUUCUAUCGACCAGAGCCUUAUCGAGUUUACUCUGACAUCACCAUUCUCCCUGAUGCUGUAAUGACCAUUGACCCUGGUGUUAUAAUGGAAUUUGCACCCAACGUAGGAAUCCUUGUACUUGGCACAUUGCGUGCUCAAGGAAGAAGGGGCCUCGAAAUUGUUAUGAAACCACUCCAAAUUCGAGCUCAUAAUAAUGGUCCGGCAGGGGCACAGCCUGGCACUCCGGUUGCUGAAAUUCCAUCAAACCAUUUGGUCAAGAAACGAGCUGUAGAAUACCCUUAUGUGGCAAGUGGACACUUUUCAGACUCUAUUCGUCUCUGCACUGGUCGAAACUGUACUCAACAGACCAAUGAAGGAUUUUUGGAAUACUACAAUCGCACCACUUUACAGUGGGUCCCAAUGUGCGAUGAUCGAUUUACUGAGCGAAACGCUCAGGUGGUCUGCCGAGAACUUGGUUUCGACUCACUCAAUGUGUUUGUAAACCAUGGCCAGCGAGUUGAGUUCCAUUACAAUUCCUUGUCUAGAAUUUGGUCAUGGCCAGAGCCUCUACAAUGCAAGGGUGAUGAAAGUAAACUUGAAGACUGUGCAAUAAGGCUAAAUGGGCAAUUAUAUGGUCACAGACAUCGAUGCGAAUGGGAUAGCCCAUUUGUUUUUAUUCAUUGUGGAAAGCGCAACUUAUACGGCACCAUGGACUAUUGGGGAGGUGUUAGAUUUGCAAAUGCUGAAUUUGAGCAAAACCUCUAUGAGCAUAGGAUCCAUGAUGUUGUUACUCAUGAAACAACUAGAAGAUCUGAGUCAUUCAUGGAAAAUGUAAAAAUUAUUGGAGCUGGUAUUUUGCAUAAUGAAAAGAGCCCUGCCAUACAAGCUGUUGUAAGAUCUCCAACAGUUAUGAGUGUCAACAUUUCAAGAUGUGCAUCUCAUGGUAUUAACAUGAUAUCCCCAGCCGAAACUGUUCGCCUUCUUUUCAAUAGGAUUGAGGAUACAUUGGGGGUUGGUAUAAAUGCAAUUUCCCUAACUGGUGAAGGCAGGGAGUCAGAAAGUUCUUUCAAUCCUUUGAGAGAUAUAAAUCUUCCCUACCAUGUCUUCAGUCUUAUUGACAUUUGUGAUCCAACAAAAGUUAUUACAAUUGAGGAGCGAGUUCUUGUGUACUACAAAUAUGAUAACCAUGCUGUCAACUGUGUCAAAAUCUUCAACAGUGUGUAUCAUGUCAAACCAUUUGGCUUCAGGCUUCUCCAAUUCAACUUGUUCAAUACUUCUUCUCACCCUGGCCGCCCAGACAGCAUCACACUGUAUGAUGGAGACAUCUACAACAUCUCUGCCAGUGUUCUGGCUACCAUCGAAGUCGGUGGGGGAAUGGAAAGAAAGCUGUUCAGGACUCAAGGGCCGAAGCUCAGCCUCAAAUUGUUUGCCAAUGGUGGGAGCCAAAUCCAUGGUUUUAUAGCUGAAAUUGUUACUCUUCCAAUUUCAGCAAUUGGUUUCAACAGAGAUGUGCAGCACAAUAUUUCGUUCUCAGCAAUGAUUGCCAAUCAGAGAGGUGCUGUUAGCUAUAUUAGUGCUGGAGAAGUAAACCCAGCUGUGACCCUUGAGUGGAAUCAGAUCCGAGGAAAUGGAAACAAGCUUUAUGGAAAUUUCACAAGUGCUGAAGCAGCUGUCAUGAUGGAUGUUCAAAAUACUCAGAAUAUAUUCUUCAGGAAUAAUUUGGUAGAGGGUAACACUGGAGGACUUUGGAUUCGAUCAGACUCAGGUGGUUCUGCCACUGCUUUGAAGGGCUGGGUUCACAACAACCUCUUCACUGACAAUGCUCAUCGACCAGCUUUGUAUGUCGAGGGAAGACAAAGCUCUCCUUACCAAGAAGUUACCAUUUACCGAAACUACUUCACACGGAAUUACUCUCCAUACAACAAUGUCAUUGUGCUGAAACAGGUUGUGUCUAAUUUCACUUACAACUACCUGCAUCGGAAUUGGGGUGGCCAUAUUUUGGAAGUUUCUGGCUUUGAGAAAGUGCGAUUACCCAUUUACCAGACCACCUCUCACAAUGGGUUCUACUUCAACUAUGCUAUGGACCGAGAAUCACGGGGAACCAUUGUCGCAGGAACUGCUGGCCAACAUUAUGUUGACAAUGUGUUAUUUGAUCCAGAUAAUGAUUAUGAAAUUGUCACAGUAAACCGGUCACGUGCUGGCAUUUACAGAAGUCUAGAUGUGUGGAAAACUCCCAUUGAUGCCAAGCACAACUGGUGGGGAUACAAUGAAAGUUUGGCAGUGUUGGGCCGCAUCAAGGAUCGCGCUGAUGAUCCAGACCUUCUGGAAGUGGACUUCCGCCCCUACCAUAUGAACAAUCGAACAGUGCUAAGUGGGAAAUGUCCGCCAGGCUGGGCUCUUGUUGGAGACACAUGUUACAUAUACAUUGGAGCCCCAAUGACUUUCCACGAUGCCCGCAAUUUCUGUCGGUCUGAUAAUGCCUCCAUGCCCUAUGUUAUGAGCAACUAUGUGCAACUGUACCACUUCCUACAACGUCAACAACAGGGCUUCCAGCUGCGUCAUCAUGUCUGGGUUCAAAAUAUUGAUCGCAUUAACCAAUGCACAGCGUUUGCGUAUCAAACAGUGGAAGUCGAUCAUUGUGAGCGUUUGAAUCCGUUUGUCUGUGAAAUGGAUCCUGGAGUCCAUAUUGACCCAUUAAGUUGGCGUGAGGAUGUUGUUACAAUAGCAGUGCUUGGCGUAGUAGGUGCUGCAUUGGUUUUAGUGGCCCUAGCAGCAGGAUUUUGGUUUACUAAAUCUCGCAGAAGGCAAGAGGAGCGUUUUCAAAGGAGGAACUCAAUACGUCAGUCCCUGCAUUCUGUUAGAUCUCUAGGCUCAGUCCAUGGCACAACUUUCUCUGAAUUGGGUUAUCGUCGUAAAGAACCUUUCACGGGAGCACACAACAGCCAACGCUCAAGCCCUACACUGACUAAAGGCUCAGAUUAUAAGAAAAUGAAUGGAAGUCUGGAUUCAAUGGAUAAAUCACAGUUUAAUUCAUCUGUAGAGGACACCCAAAGCUUUGACAUUUAUGAAACGCACAAUCCACAGGCAGCAGCCAUGAGUAGUAUUCCGCUGUUACAGACCACUGAUGCUCGUGGAGGCUACGCAUACCAAACACCAUCUGAUUUCCGACCAACUGGGGAAGUGGUCAAUCCUGCUUUUGACCUUUCGUUUAGGAAUGAAGGGUUCCGUGAUAAUUCUACCUUUGCAUCACGGGACAACAGCUUAUGGCAAUCUACUGCAGGUAGUGAAUUAGGAGGUGGCCAGAGUCCCAGUGAAGGAGCCGACUACCUCACCAAUGCUUCCACUCUUCCACUCAACACAAGUUUUGCAAUGACUGACUCUACUUUGGGAGUAGAUGUUGCUGUAACUCCCGCCUAUAGUAGUGAAGCAACUUACCGGCCCACUGACACCCCAGAUCCAUAUUAUGAUCAUAGAGAACGUCUUAGAGAAGUCUCAGAGUCCUACUUCGACCCCAAGGGGUCUCCCAAGAACUUCUAUAGCACAGCAAAGCCAACACCUGAGCCGUUCUACCAAUCUACAAGUGGCUCAUCAGAACCAAUGUAUAACCUGCAGGAGAGACCCAAGAGCUCACACAUGGUGCUUGAAAGCAAUUUGGAUAUUGCUGCAAAUGAGAAUGGUCUUCCCACUCCCCCUCACCCCCCAUCAAGAUCUAAAAGUGAGGUUUUGCUGGAGACCAACUUUGAUGUCUAUGUACCACCCAGUUCGAAACCAUCAAAUACCAGUGCUAUGACUCCUGCUAGCCGAAGCAAGAGCCAACCUCUUGAGACGGCCAUGUGAUGAGAGAUCUUGAGAUUUAGAUCUUGUGGGUAGUCAUACCACUAUUUGUAGUUUGGUACCAAACAGUCACCCCAGCGUUUUAAAGAUGGUACUGGAAUUGGUUUGUCCUUUUAUGACACCAAUUCUUUGAUUCUGUGAUCUUUCCAAUCAUCUUUGAUUUUUAUUCAAAUGACAUUUAUAUUAUAGCUUUAAAUUUCCUCUUGACUAUGACGGCAAAAAUGUCCAUUGCUGGAGACACUUUUGGAGAUAUGAUCUUUCUUAGUUUCCAAAGUCUUUAUGAUGGAGCUUUUUACUGUAGCUCCAAAAUGUAAGUUAUUGUAAUGCCAUCCAUUUUGUGUCCUUGCAGGAUACUCUUGUGAUCUCAAACAACUCAUAUUAGUUAUAUUUUUAUAAUGUUUUGUACAUUUAUGUAAUUUUUAUUAAGUUAGACCUUUGUCUUUUUCAUGUCUUUUAUUUUAAGUGUUUUUAAGAGUUUGCAGUCCCUACUGUGUCUGAUGUCCCUUGGAAGAUGGCAGGUAGACAUCCCAUUAGUUGUAAGAAUUAGAAUACUCAGUUCUGAUUGAACCACCAAGCCCAUUGAUGUGAGUUCAUGCUACGGUCUUAGGUUUCAUUUACUUUCAGCGAAAUGAUGAGACCAGUUAAAUAUGAAUCAUUUAAUCUUGUGUAUGUAUAAGUUAAGGUACAUAUGCUAGUCUUAUGGCAACUUUUUGUUUACAAACAUUUUGUGUAAAAUGCAAGAGUAGGAAUCUUCAAAGUAGCAAGUGCUUUAGACAUUUUUAUUGUAUGGGAGUCAUGACUGUUGAACUCCAACUGAUUCUACAUCAGACCAUGCAUCGUCUCAAGACUCACAUCUUUUUCUCUCAACCUCUGCGUUCUCUGCACUAUUACCUUAUUAUAGAGUUACCUCUACAAAAUAAUGUGAAGCACCUACAUAUUGAGGAUGAGUUUACUGUGAUUUGAUUGCAUUAAGCUGAUAGCACAGAUCGUCCAUUAUCAGUAAGUCUAACAAAUUAUGUGCUCAUAUCUUGACCUAAUGAAAUUGAAAAACUGAGAGGUCUUCCCUAACUGUUUAAUCGAGUGUUACUGCCAGAGCUUCUAUCAGUCAUGUACAACAGUAGCUCAUAAGCUGUAAAUAAAUGAUGGUCACUGCCAAUUUGAACACUUGAAGGUGCACAUUUUUUAGUCUGAUUUGUAAUGUUAAUUGAAUUUAAGCCCAAUUAAAUGUGACGUUUUAUAUGACAAACAUUCCCUUUGAGAUGAGCAAUGUGUUCUCCACAGAACUGAAGUCAUAUGCAUGUUUUGAUUAUUAUUUGAAUAGCACUUGAUAUUUAACUGUUUACCUCAUGUAAGCGAAGGAAAGAAAAAACAAACACUGUGAUAUUAUCAAAACUAUAUAAUUAUGUUCAAAUUAAAUGAAUAAAAAAAAAUCCUGAAAUGAA